GCACGCCUUGGGUUUCUCUCACGUUCCAAGUUACAGAGCUUGAACAUCGAGAGAGAUUUACUGUAAGAGCAAGAUGCCUGCAAGGUCCCUGAUCAUAGCCCUCUCCUUCCUCCUCUGGUUUGCCUUCACCACCACCAACCCCUUACCAGUAGCCUCAGCUUCUGGUGAAGAACCAGUGAUCGACAUUCAGAAUGAACCAGUUGUCCCGGGUCAAGAGUACUACAUAGUGUCAGCCAUAUGGGGAGCUGGAGGUGGUGGGGUUUUUCCAGGAAGAACUGUGGAUGCCUCCUCAUGUGCCUAUUCUGUUCUCCAAUCAGGUAAUGACAUGUUCCAGGGCGCUCCACUAAAAUUCCAUGUUAAAGGAACAAGCACAGGCAAGAUUUAUCCAGGUUCCACUAAUCUGGAAAUCGAGUUCGUGCAUAAGCCAGCGUGUGCAGAAUCCUCCAAGUGGGUGGCCGCUUACGAUGAAUCUGGAUCAUCCUGGAGUGUGGUGAUAGGUGGGCCUGAAGAUCAUCCAGAUUCUAAGUUGGUGAGUGGGGUUUUCCGGUUCGAGGCUCUCGGAUUUGGGUACAAGCUUGUGUUUUGUCCCUACAGCACUGUCAUCCGUUCUUCAGGGAAUUGUUAUGACGUUGGGCUUGAUGUUGCAAACGGAAGCAGGAAACUGGUUGUCAGAAACCAAAAUAGUGGAAAUCCCUUCUGGUUGGUGAUCCAGAAAGUUGCUUCUGGUAAAGGGAAGUUCAGUAUUAUCUGAUAAAUGUUGCUUAUCUUCUGUCUAUGUAUGGGGACGUCGGCCUUGUAUAUUAUCGAAUAAAAAAGUGAUCUCCUGCGACUUGCAAGAAGUUUGCUUUAUGCAAAUUGAAGUUAGUGCCAGCAGUUUGCAUAA